UCACACAUUUGUAGUCUUAAUAUACGAGUGGGAGCAUUCCAGUGUCAUUAUUACAGCGAGAGUGUAUAUUUUUUUAGCACUGAUCACUGUAUUAGUAUCACUGGUUCCCACAAAGUGUCAGUUAGUGUCAGACUGUCCGCAGCAAUAUUGCAGUCCCACUAUCAGGGGCGGACUGACCAUUUGGAAACUAGGGCACUGCCCGAGUGCCCGGGGUCAGUAGGGGGCCCCGUGAGAUGCCCCUGGUACCUUUUUCAUAGGCUUUUUUGAGUUUGGGCAAGGACACAGGGGCCCCAUGAUCCCCUAUUGUCUUGGGGCCCCAUGA